GCCGAACCACGGGACAAACAAAAUGACCCGAAAGUAACCCAUCCCCCGGUGACGGAGGAAGUCCGAAAUGACUUGAGUGAUACUGAUAUGGGGGAUGCUGAAGACGACAAGGAAAUGAAGGCAGACGAGAAAGAAAACCCUUCCAAAAAGUUGGACAAGUCGGAUAGGGAUUUGGAGUUGAUAAGUGACGAUGAGGAUGAGGACUCCGAGGAGGAGGAGGAGGAAGAGGAGGAGGAGGAUGAAGAAGAAGAAACAGAGGAAGAGGAGGAUGAGGAGCCAGAAGAAGAAGAGGAGUCCCCCUUGAUGAGAAAGAAGGGAAAGGAAAAGGGUGAAGGGAAAAAAAACGCGAAUAAGAAAAGGGAAGAGGAGGAAGGAAAGGGAAAAGAGGGAAUGGAUGAAGAUGAGGAAGAAGAGGAGGAAGAUGAAGAAGAAGAGGAUGAGGAUAGCGAGAAUGACGAUAUGGAAGAUGAGGAGGACGAAGAUGAGGGGGAGAAGAAUGGAAGGGAAGAAAAGGACCAAAGUGAGGAUGAGGAGGAGGAUCCUAGCCCGUCAACAAAGGGAGACGAGAAGGAAGGGAAAAUGGAUAGGGGAAAAGAAUUGGACGACGGGAAGGGAGAUAGUGAAGAGGAAUCAGUGAAGGGGACGGAACCCCCCCCGGGGAAAAAGGGGAAAGCAGAGAAGAGGGGUCAGCCGAGGAAAGGAACCCCAAAGAGGCCCGCAAAACGUCAGAACAAGCGAGCUCCCCGAAGAAGACAACUCGCCGUUUAGAGUUUGGAACUACAGAGGAGACUCGCGAAUUUACAGGGACGAUUAAAAUGAUCAAAAUGAACGAUCUGCUAUCCCAUACGUCGAUAUUGCAAGAAACCCUCUCAUCUCCACCUGCUAAUUUUGUGGUUUAUAAUACCCAGGUUUAUGCUCACGAGAAGGUAGGGGAGAUAGAACACGGAGAGGACCUUCCCCUUGAGUCCCCAGGCCCACCUCCCGUAGUAGAGGAGGAGGAACAGGGUGGACUCGGAGGAAUCUCCCUAGGGAGAAGCUCGGAGCCCAAUGAGGGUAGGAAUGUCCCAACAAAGACUACACAGAAAG